UUCCUUCAGGCAGAUACCAUCAUGCAUCCUUGGGUCGCCAUCCUGGGCCUCAUACUCCUUCUGACAGGUGGCGUAACGUCUUACCCACGAGUGACUGGGGUGGUGGGUCAGCCUGUCAGGCUACCCUGCACCUAUGGUGGAGAAGUCGUGAGCACAUGCUGGGGCCGAGGGGCAUGUUCUUUGCUUAGCUGCGGAAGUGACAUCGUCUGGACUGAUGGAUACAAGGUCACCACUCGGCUGGACAGACGUUACAAGCUAUACGGAAAUAUUGGUGGAAGGGAUGUGUCUUUGACCAUAGAGAAUCCAACCCUCUCUGACAGUGGCUUGUAUUGUUGCCGUAUUGAGAAGCGAGGGUGGUUCAAUGAUAUAAAAAUCAUCCUAGAGUUGAGUAUAACGCCAGCUCCACCUACAACCACCACCACCACCACCACCACCACCACUACUACAACAACAACGACCACCACUACUCCAGCAACCACCACCACCACUACUCCAACAACAAUGGCUACCACUACUCCAACAACAACAAAGGCUACCCGUACUCCAACAACAACAACUACUCCAACAACAACCACCACCAGUACUCCAACAACAACAACUACUCCAACAACAACAACUACUCCAACAACAAGGACCACCACCACUACUACCCUAAAAACAACCACCACCACUACUCCAACAACAACAAUGGUUACCACUGCUCCAAUGACAACUAGGGCCUCUACCUCUGCUCUUCCAAUGCCAUCACCCACAAAGAACCUCCAGCCAGUAGCUUCUUUAUCUUCUCCUACGCAGACAGCAGAAACCCAGCCUAACACCCCGCAUGAAACAAAUAUGACCGGCUCACCAUCGCACUCUUGCUCAACAGAUGGGAAUGGCACUGUGACACAGUCUCCAGAUGCUCUUUGGCGUGAGAAUCAAACCCCUGGGGCACUGGCACGAGACCCAUGGAUGAGCACCAGAAAGGGAGUCUACAUUGGAAUCAGUGUUACUGCCCUGGUGUUGAUCGCGUUUCUCCUUUUCAUGUUCAGCAAAAGAUAUUUUUGCCUGGGUAACAAGGUGGAGCUACUACGCGUGAUUCCUUUGAGGGACGCUCACAUUGGAGCUUUGAAAAAUGCAGCUCUGAAGCCUGUCCGAGCAGAAGACAAUAUCUACAUUAUUGAUGACCUUCAUUAA